GAGGCUGGGUGCAACGGUGCUGGGAGAAACUAAAAGAGACACCACGCGACGAAUGCGCGGGUUUUCGGAGGUUGUGAGGCGGUUUUUACGGCGACGGUCAGAAUUCCUAGACCAUGAUGAAUGGUGGCAGCUCCUUUGUGUGAAGCAAGUGGGUGACACGGGCGGAAUGCGGAAGAGAGUAUGAGAGACUUCUGAUUCCAACUGAGUCUUGUUUACUUCUGUUCCUACUGUGGUCCUGUACCAUAGUAAGUUUGUUUGUGGGUAAUGUCUCAAAGUUUCUGGUUGUCAUGCGGAGUCGAUUGGUUCGCCUGGUCCCUGCAUUCUUUCCCUGUUCGGAUUGGCGCCCGUCGUGGGAUACCUAUGUCGUCACAGGGUCAACCUUCGGAUCACCUAACGCCAUUAAGGGGACAACACAACUGGCAGCGGGGAGGGAAGAGACUAGACUCGGGAUCCCUAGCAACACCAGAAAUAUGACGGGUAAAGGACCUGAGCCCUGGCAGAACCAGAUCAAGGCGCUCACCUUCGACGUAUUCGGCACGUGCGUGGACUGGCGAUCCUCGGUCCAGGAGGCUCUGAAAAAGGAGGCAGCAGCCAAGAUCAGUUCAGCCGCGUUUGCGCACCUCCCAACCGACGUCCAGAGUCGUGCGAGGGGUCUUACCGACCAAGACUGGGCUGUCUUUGCCCAGGAAUGGAGGAAUUCCUACGGACGGUUCACUCGCAGCUUCGUCCCCGGAGAGACCGAGUGGAAGGACAUCGACACCCACCACCGUGACAGUCUCGUCGAGAUACUCAUGCGCUGGCAGCUGGAUGGAUUCUACAGCCCCGAAGAGGUCGAAAGGUUGAGCAGAACCUGGCAUUUUCUCAAGCCGUGGCCUGAUACGUCCCAGGGAAUUCACAUGCUCGGGACAAAGCUUGUCACGGCGACUCUGUCAAAUGGGAACAGGGCUCUGUUGAAGGACCUCAACGACCACGGGGACCUGGGUUUCCAGAGACUGAUAUCUGCCGAGGACUUCCGGGCGUACAAGCCGAACCGGGCGGUCUAUCUCGGUGCCUGUGAGAGCCUGGGGCUGGCAACUCAGCAGGUGGCCAUGGUUGCGGCCCAUCUGGGGGACCUGGAGGCGGCACGAGCGUGCGGUCUACGAACUGUCUAUGUCGAGAGGCCAGACGAAGAGGAGUGGAAGCCGGGAGAGGAUCGUUACGAAGGAGCCAAGCAAUGGGUGGAUAUCUGGGUUGCUGAGGGGGAGGGUGGUUUUGUGGGACUCGCCAAAAAGCUUCAGGUUGUAUGAUAACCUAUUUAUUGCUCCUGGUAGUUCCUCUCGGGAAAGCUUUUUAUUAUGCUACGACGAUAGGUUGGGGAUCUUGGCAUCUGCUUGACGAGGAGCAACGAUGUCACAAGCUGCAAAUCCACUACUCCCCAGUCUCACCGACUAAGUUUAGUUUUCUUUCAACCGAACAUGCCUGCAUAUCUCGAUGUAACCGUGCUCUUGAAAUCCGAGUUCCAAAUGCCUCCACUUGUCAAACCACGACGAGCCAUUUUUUCAACGGUUUCACUAACUACCAAGUACUAAC